AUGGAGAAAACAGAUAUGUGCAACUCCAGCAUGGUUUCCACAUCCCAUGAUGUUGAGGAGUCUUGGGAUGAUGAAUUCCAACAACUGGUGCAAACCCUCCCUAAAGAUAAAAGCUUCACAGGAAUGAAUCUUUACUUCUUCCAAGGUUUCUGGUGCCCAUCAAUUGUUUUAAAAGCAGUGAUUUCUUGUCAGAAACAUUUCCAAGCAUUUGAUUCUGAUAUUCUCAUCGCCACUUUGCCAAAAUGUGGCACUACUUGGCUUAAAGCUUUGACUUUCGCCACUUUGUACCGCAGUCAGUUCGCAAGGGAAAACAAUCCCUUGCUCACCUAUAACCCUCACUCUCUGGUUCGCUUCAUUGAUUAUGACUUUUAUUUGAACGAUACUUGUCCUGAUCUCGAAAAUUGUACUCUUUAUCAGCCAAGACUUUUUUCUAUCCACUUGCCUUAUGCUUCUUUGCCAACUUCCAUUAAAGAUUCCAACUGUAAGAUUGUUUACUUAUGUAGAAACCCCAUGGACACGCUCAUUUCUUUUUGGUCUUUCUUUUCCAGGCUUCGAGGCGAAGGCUUUGAGCCAGUAUCACUAGAUGAAGCUUUUGAGAUGUUCUGCCAAGGAAUCAAUGAAUUUGGACCAUUUUUCGAUCAUGUGCUAGGGUAUUGGAGGGCAAGCCAAGAAAAAUCGAGCAAAAUAUUGUUUUUACAGUAUGAAGAUCUCAAGGAAGACAUCAAUUCUCACCUAAAAAAGUUGGCAAUGUUUUUGGGGGUUCCUUUCACUGAGGAAGAAGAGAAACAAGGAGUUGUUGAAGAAAUAGCGAAAAAUUGCAGCUUUGAGAACAUGAAAGACUUGGAAGUGAAUAAGAAGGGCGCGCAAACUUUUGGGUAUCCACAAGAAACUUUCUCAGGGAAAACAAAGACUUUUGUGAUUCCACGGGAAGCUUUCUUUAGAAAAGCAAAAACGGGAGAUUGGAGCAAUUAUCUCACACCCUCCAUGGUUGAUCGUCUAGAGAAACUUAUUCAAGAGAAAUUGGAUAACUCAGGUUUAACAUUUAAAUUGUUCUCUAAAACUUCAAAAGAUAUUACUUCUACAUGA